GCUCACUGACGUCACUGCUUUCGGUUUUUGUGCGCGUGUCACGUGAUUCUCCAUUUCCACCCCACGACGUCUGGAAUGGCCAGGAAUGAAGAAAAACAGCUUGGAAAAUUAAAUCGAUUAUGGCUUCAGAAAGAAAGAGAGGAAGGUCGCAUUAAAGAUGUGCACGGCUCUAGACCAAAACUUGCGACGUUAAAUUCGGUUGCAGCCGUGAAAAAAUGGAUACCAAGCAUCAAGAAAGAAAUUGAAUAUUACCUGCAGCAGUCCCAGUUGUCCCACUAUCCAGAGAGGAAGAUAGCAGAGUUCCAGCACCAAAUUGAGCAACUGGAAAAGGAGUACAAGGCUUAUCUUAAGAAACUGCAGUUUUUAGACCCCAGCUGUAAACACCGUCCGUGGAGCCCCAGAGCGUACACCAAGAGGAGGCCAGACUCUAAAGGCGAUCAGUGCAUUGCUAAGAGACUCUGUGCCACUGGUCCUGGUGUUCAAGCCAGUUAUCAAGAAAGUUCUGCAACAGCUACCUCAAAUAAGCAGGAUCUAUUUAACUCAACACAGCCAGGUCCUACACACCCCUCUGAUCUUCCAGACCAGGAUCUUCCACUCUCCUUUGACCACUCAAGGCUGGCAAUAGCAGUCGCUGGGUCUCGGGGGACUUCCUCAGGGCAGCAGAAUGAAACAAACAUCCUGGCACAUGUCCUGCAUAACAGCCUCCCCAACCUGCACAGCUCAGCUUUAAUACGAUUUUCAGGACUGCCAGAGAGAAAGGGGGCAAAACCUUCCCCCUGCACUGAAAAAAAUGAGGCUAAGACAGAGCACAUGUUGGGACUGGGCUGCUACUCGUCUUCCUCAGAUGAAGAGAAUUAAAGUUUGAAAUAUUUCUGUGAUCUCACUGGUUCAUGUUCAUGUUCACGUUUGUAAAUUUUGUUGUUUCCUUAUUCCAUUUUGUGCUUUCUAAAAAAAAAUUAUAUUGUAUGUAGCUGAAAUAAAUAGAUUUUUAAUAAAUUACUUGACAUGUA